AUGCUCGUCUCGCUCACGGUCGGCAAGGUCGACGCCGGCGUGACCGUGCUCCUGACCCAGGAUAAGCGUUUGAUCGAAUUCCCGUCCAUCCUGCUGCCGCCCAACAUCUCGUCCGGCUCCAUUGUCGACAUCGCUGUCAGCCGCAACCGCGCGUCCGAGACGACCGCCGAGGCCGCCUUUGCGAGCCUGCAGAAGCGCAUACUCGACACGUUUGGCACCGAAGCCCCGGCUGCGCCCGUGCUGCGCUGCCGCAAUGCCACCCAGACGAGCGUCGUGCUGGAGUGGGACCCCAUCCGCAUGGCCACGGCCGACCUGCUGGGCCUGGCGCUGUACCGCAACGGCCAAAAGGCUGGCAACAUCCCGCGACCGCUGCAGAUGCACUCGACCAAGAUCUCCGGCCUCGCCGUCGACACCGCCUACACCUUCCACCUGGUCUUGCGCACCAGCGCUGGCACCCUGACCAGCGACCGUGUCGCCGUCCGCACCCACAAGAUGACCGAUCUCAGCGGCAUCACCAUCAGCACCGGCAUCCUGCCCGUGCCCGCCCGCCAGCGUCUCGCCGCCGCUGUCGACCGCAUCGGUGCCCGUCUCGUCACCGAAUCCGGCCUCGUCCGCAUUGACACUACCCACUUUGUCACCACCGAAGGCCGCGGCCUCGGCUGGGAAAAGGCCACCGAGGUCAACAUCCCCGUCGUUCGCCCCGAGUGGGUUGAGGCCUGCGAGGCCAGCGGCCGCAUCCUCGGCGUCACAAAGUUCUACCUCGACGCCGUCCGCCUGCCCAACGACUCGACUGACGAGAGUGCCGCUGCCGCUGCCGUCGCCGCCACUGCUGCUUCAGCUACCGCUGCUGCUGCCGCUGCUGCUGCCGCUGCCACAUCCUCUCCCAAGUCACCGCCUGCACCACCGCGACAGCAACAACAGCCGCAGCAGAAGCAGCUGUCCACAAAGACUGUCGCUCCAGCUCCGGCCCCGCCCCCGCCUCCGGCCCCGAUGACCCCGCCCAGAAGAGACGACACCGAGAGCAGCAGCAAACGUGGCAGUAGCAGUGCCAGCAGCAGCAGCAGUGUCGCAAAGACCCCGGCAGACGGAAAGCCGCCGGACAAGGCCACCGUGGAGCAGAAUAUGGCCCUGCGGCCAGCAGACAGCGCAAAGAGCAACAGCCAGGAGGCCCAGGACAAGGACGACGACGACGACGACGACGAUGAAGAGGAUGAAGACGCGGACGUGGACAAGGCCGAAAAGGAGGACACCACUCGUGGGAACGGCAAGAAGCCGCUGCAUCUUCAAUUGCAGACCGCACACAGCGUCGACAAGCUCGGCGAGCUGAAGCCAUCGACACCAGGCGACGGCGGCUCGUUCCAAGAUGUGGCCCUGUAG